AUCCUGUCUUGUUGGCGAAUUGAGAAUCCCUGCAUUGACUUCUCUUCAUUACAAAAGAAAAUAAAAUAUUAAAAAAAAAAAGUUUAAUUGAUAUACAUGUACAAUGUUAUUUAGUUUUACACGAUCAUCCAAAACAUGAUUGAUAUUGAUUGAAAAUAUAAAAUUAUUUUACGUUAGGUGUCAAACACGUUUAUGUAUCUAACCCUCCGCUGCAAAAUAAUGAACUUGACUCAGAGAAACGGAAAAGGGAGAACCCCGGUUUCUUCAUAACCCACAUUUCUCGGUCCAGCUACACAUGCUAAUACUGAAAGAUCUCUUCCCCUUCACCCCUUGCUUAUUAUUCUCUCUCAUUCGAUUUAGUUACAAAGAGGCGAAGUAGUGGUCUCUUUCUCUCUCAAAAUGCUUGCCGCUGCUUCCAGGCACGCCAGACCUACAGCUGGCAGCGGCAAUCGUAUCGGGUCACUUCUAACUGCUUCCGGCAUCACCACCGGUUACUCAAUUCCCACCACUAACGGUUACCGUUACGGUUACAAUAACGGAAUCAGUUACAGUAACUAUCACCACAAAACAUGCCCAAGCUUACUUUUCUCUAUCAAAGGCUUUCUCUCUGAAUCAUCAUCAUCAUCAUCAUCAUCACCAUCUGGCAGAAAUUUGAAGGUAGAUGGAAAAGCAUUGUUUUCAACUUCAGCUAAAACUGAUGAUGGAAGUCAGAAGAACCAAAAAAGUUCUACUACUGUUGCUAAAUCGCCUCCAGGUGGUGGGCAAAUGGCGGAUAUAAAGAUCCUAAAAUCACUUGCUGGUUACAUUUGGAUGAAAAAUAAUCUCGAAUUUCAGUUUCGGGUUGUUGCUGCAUUGUUUUUACUUGUUGGAGCUAAGGUUGUGAAUGUUCAGGUCCCUUUCUUAUUCAAGCUUGCAGUUGAUUGGUUAAAUACUGCCACGGGCAAUGCUGCUGCUGUUGCUUCAAAUCCUACUGUGAUGGCCCUUUUUGCUACCCCCGUGUCAGUGUUGAUUAUAUAUGGGAUUGCACGUUCUGGAGCUUCUGCUUUCAAUGAACUGCGGACUGCUUUGUUUUCCAAGGUAGCAUUGCGAACAAUUCGUUUAGUUUCAAGGAAGGUCUUUUCACAUUUGCAUGACCUUGACCUUCAAUAUCAUCUAAGUCGAGAAACUGGUGGAUUAAGUCGAAUAAUUGAUCGUGGUAGCCGUGCAAUAAAUUUCAUUCUCUCCGCUAUGGUGUUCAAUGUAGUACCCACUGUAUUAGAGAUAUCUAUGGUAUCAGGUAUACUGGCCUACAAAUUUGGAGCACCUUUUGCAUGGAUUACUUCCCUGUCAGUUGCUGCUUAUGUUGUUUUCACACUUUCUAUCACACAGUGGAGGACUAAAUUCAGGAAAGCCAUGAACAAGGCUGAUAAUGACGCUAGUACUAGGCAAAUUGAUUCACUUAUUAAUUAUGAGACCGUCAAAUAUUUCAAUAAUGAAGGUUAUGAAACCGAUCAUUAUGACAAGUACCUAAAGAGGUAUGAGGAUGCUGCUCUGAAAACCCAACACAGUCUUGCUUUGUUGAACUUUGGUCAAAAUGCUAUAUUUAGUGCUGCUCUUUCUACAGCAAUGGUUCUAUGUUCUCAAGGAAUAAUGGAUGGCACAAUGACCGUUGGUGAUUUGGUGAUGGUAAAUGGGCUCCUCUUCCAAUUGUCUCUUCCACUCAAUUUCCUUGGCAGUGUUUAUCGUGAAACUAUACAAAGUCUAAUUGACAUGAAAUCCAUGUUCCAAUUACUUGAGGAAAAAGCAGACAUUAGGGAUAAAGAAAAUGCAAAGCCUCUAAGAUUUAAUGGUGGGAGGAUCCAAUUUGAGAAUGUACAUUUUAGUUACCUCACAGAGAGAAAGAUACUAGAUGGAAUAUCACUACUUGUGCCAGCUGGUAAAAGUGUUGCAAUUGUUGGGACUAGUGGAAGUGGAAAAUCAACCAUUCUCAGAAUGCUAUUCAGAUUUUUUGAUCCCCAUUCUGGAAGUAUAAAGAUAGAUGAUCAAGAUAUUCGGGACGUAACCCUUGAGAGUUUACGGAAGUCUAUUGGUGUUGUUCCACAAGAUACUGUACUUUUCAAUGAUACGAUAUUUCAUAACAUUCACUAUGGUCGGCUUUCAUCAACAGAAGAGGAGGUCUAUGAAGCUGCCCGGAAAGCAGCAAUCCAUGACACUAUCAUGAGUUUUCCAGAGAAAUACUCCACUGUUGUAGGAGAGCGAGGCCUAAAGUUAAGUGGUGGUGAGAAGCAACGUGUUGCCCUUGCUCGGGCAUUCUUAAAAGCACCUGCAAUACUGUUGUGUGAUGAAGCUACAAGUGCUCUAGACAGUACAACAGAAGCAGAGAUUUUAAGUGCAUUGAAGUCACUAUCAACUAAUCGAACUUCCAUAUUCAUUGCUCACAGGCUCACCACUGCAAUGCAGUGUGAUGAGAUCAUUGUUUUGGAAAAUGGAAAGGUGGUUGAGCAUGGACCACAUGAAGUUCUCAUAGCAAAUGCAGGAAGAUAUGCACAACUUUGGGGACAGCAAAAUAACACUAUUGAUGCAAUUGACACCGCCAUCAAAUUGGGAGCAUAAAGAUUCUAGAAGAAAGCAUAUUUUCUCUUCAAGAGAGGGGAAAAAAUGCAUUGCACAAUGUUAAUAGCGCAUCAUGUAUUUAAGACCAUUUUGAAGUUUAGUGAUACAGUCCGGUUACAAGGUCUCUUCAGCACGAGUAUCACAUUCCUUAUUGUUGGGUAAUGCAGAAGGGCGCGUCAAUUUGCUAUAAUGGUGAAUUCGGAAAAUUCAUGCACAAUUUAUUGGUGUUAGCAAGGCACACAUCAGUGUUAGAUAGAUAAAUGAAGUCUAUCGGCUCUCUGUGGACAGCAAGAUUUUGUAUUAUUAUCAUCUAUGUAGAUUAUAAAGUGUAUUAUUUGCAUAACUUAAAGCACUUUCAAAUAACAAGUACUUGUAUAUGGAGUGCUAGAAUGCUUUAGCUGGAGAGUUAACAUUGUUAUCAGUUGAUCGCCUAACAAAAGAAACUAGAUAAUCAUGCAAUAGAGACAGGUAAUCUGAUAUUCAGUA